AUGGCUUCGCGCUCAGCAUUCACCAAGUUCGCACCUCUGUUGCGCCAACCGGCCCGCCCCAGCGCAUCUCCCAUCAUGCGCCUUCUUCCUCAAGGAGCAUUCACAUCCCAGCUACCGCUUCAGCCCGCCAUCGCAGCGCGCCUUGCCCACUCGAUCCCGAAACCAAAAGCCGCGCGCGAGGCCGAUACAAAGACCGCGCAACAGAUCCGUCUCGAGUCGAACCCUCAUUACCAACUAGACUUUACUUGCGUGCCCUGCGAUACCCGCUCCCGGCACAAGGUCUCUAAGCAGGGCUACCACCACGGUUCCGUCCUCAUUACUUGCCCCUCGUGCCGCAACCGCCACAUCAUCAGUGAUCACCUCGGAAUUUUCGGAGACAAGAAGGUCACCGUCGAGGAUCUCAUGCGCGAGAAGGGCAGACUCGUAAAGAAGGGCACCCUUGGCGAGGACGGCGAUAUCGAAUUCUACCCCGAAGAAGGCGCCGCCGAGGAUGCUCAGGCUCAGAUUGCAGGGGGGAAGAAGGAGACCUCUUCUUAA